GGAAUCUGUGGAAUCUGAAGUUUAUAACCUUGUGUUCAAUCAGUUUGUAACCAUAAGCAGCACAUUAUUUUGGUUGGAGAUGGACCUCAAGAGUCUGGUGCUCCUGUCUCUGCUCCUCUGGUCUCACUGUCAGGCUGAAGUGGUGCGCUCUGUCUCUAAGUGCACAGAGUUCUUCCUCCAUGGGACUCCUCCACAUAUCCCUGGAGUGCUGGAGAAUGGAGAGAUAAAGGAUCAGAACCGAUACAAAGCAAUCUGCCAAAUUUAUGCCAACCAGCGCAGGUUUUUCACUCUCUACGACACGAAAAACAAGAUCCCAGUGUUUUCAGCGUACAAGUUCACAGGUGAAGGGACAAUCAAAAGUCUUGAUCUCACAUGGAUCAUUGAGCCACAGCUUGUAUCAAAUAUGGUUCCAGACAAAUGUCAGCUACAUGCCACAGACAAUAACUACAACAGAGGGCUUCUAUUUCCCAGGUCUUAUGGUUUCUCAGAAACCGACAAAAUCUCCACUUUCACUGUGACUAACAUUGUCCCACAAGAAGUAACGUUUAGCAAGGGGAGCUGGAAUAAAAUGGAGACGUGUGUAAAAUGUGUCAUGGAGAAAUACUGCAUGAACAGUAACAACAGAAUUAAAGGGUAUUUAGUGACUGGAGCCGAGCCUGGUAAUAAGCUGCUCAACAAUAAGACCAAUAUUCCUUCUGUGAUGUGGUCGGCCUUCUGUUGUUACAGCAGCAGAGAACAAAGAUGGAUCGCGAGUGCACACUGGGGCAACAAUGUCCCAGAGGAACCAACAGGCAAAUACAUGGAGACUGAGACUUUAACCCAACUGAAAUUAAGAAAAUCAUCUGCUUUUGUGCUGUUUCCUGGAAGUCACUGUCCUUCAGACACCACAGUCACUGACUUUUAUCCAGAGUUUAAUGACCAGAAAGACUGUAACUGUCCACCAACUUCAACAACUACUGCAUCUCCCAAUACCACAACUGCAAUAACUACCACACAACUGCCUACGACUACACAACCUGCUACAACUACGACUACUACUGCUACGACUACUACCACAACAACAACCACUACUACUACUACUACUACCACUACCACUACUACUACUACAAAAAAGAAAAAUGAAAACAGAAAUGAUAAAAAGAAAAGCCAAGAAACUCGCAAUGGCCCAAACCAUCUGCGUGACUUUUUAAAUGUUUUAAAAGAAAUUGGUGAAAAAAUUGCCAAAGCAGCAGCAGGGGCAGCAGUAGCCGGAGCAGGGGCAGCAGCAGCAGCAGUAGCCGGAGCAGGGGCGGCAGCAGCGGGGGAAGGGGCAGCAGUAGCCGGAGCAGGAGGAGGGAAAGUCUACAUUUCCUUCAUCUUUACCAAACCCAAGCACAACCGGAUUCUCAACCACAAGUCCAUUCUCAAGUUUUACCAAGACAACUGA